UGUACACUUGUCAAUUUCUUGUCAAAGUAUAGUCCGUCAGCAAAACAUCUUUUACAUUCAUUUACUUACAAAAUUCAAGCGAAAUGGCUGAAUCCGCCACAGAAAUACCCAUUAGUAUCCCAGAAAGUGUAAUAGAAAAUGUUAAAAAUGCAACAGAAAGAGUUCCCGCGAGUAUCGAGGGUGUUGCGAUUGCCUACUUAAGUUUAGUGGUUAUGGCUAUUUUGCCCAUAUUUUUCGGGUCUUUCAGGUCUGUAAAGUACCUAAAAGAGCAGAAGGAUGCAGGGGAGCGUGCAGAGACAAUGUCCAACAAGGACGCACUGAUGUUCCCGCUGAUCGCCUCGUGCGCUCUGUUCGGCCUCUACGUGUUCUUCCAGAUAUUCUCCAAGGAGUACAUCAACAUGCUGCUCACCGGCUAUUUCUUCUUCUUGGGAGUGCUGGCCCUGAGCCAUCUACUCAGCCCAAUAAUCGCGUUCCUAGUCCCCGCGUCGAUCCCGAACGUGCCGUAUCACAUCCACUUCACGCGAGGCGAGCGCGAGCGCCGCACCGACCUCGUCAACUACAAGUUCACCUCGUACGACGUCAUCUGCCUCAUCAUCUCGCUGGUGCUGGGCGCCUGGUACUUGUUCAAGAAGCACUGGAUAGCGAACAACCUGUUCGGCAUCGCGUUCGCAGUCAACGGCGUGGAGCUUCUGCACCUGAACAACGUGGUGACGGGCUGCAUCCUGCUGUCCGGCCUGUUCCUGUACGACAUCUUCUGGGUCUUCGGGACGAAUGUGAUGGUCACUGUUGCCAAGAGCUUCGAGGCCCCGAUUAAACUGGUGUUCCCUCAAGACCUGCUGGUGAACGGGCUGAGCGCGUCCAACUUCGCGAUGCUCGGGCUCGGGGACAUCGUGGUGCCGGGCAUCUUCAUCGCGCUCCUUCUCCGCUUCGACCGCAGCCUGCAGCGAGGCUCCGAGCUGUACUUCCGAGCCACCUUCACAGCUUAUAUACUCGGUCUGCUGGCGACCAUCAUGGUGAUGCACGUGUUCAAGCACGCGCAGCCCGCGCUGCUGUACCUGGUGCCGGCGUGCCUGGCCACGCCGCUGGCGCUGGCGGCCAUGAGGGGCGACCUGCCCGCGCUCUUCCAUUACGAGGACCAGCCGGCGCUGGAGGAACCAGCCGCAGGUAGCAGCAAGUCCAAGAAGACUGAGUAGACAAACUGAACCUUACACCCUGGACUUAGAGCACAAACUACAACUACACUGUACUGACAAUAUAUUUGUGUAAAACUCUUAUUUCACAUGACAUCGGGACUUUAAAUAUGCAUUAAUUUUACUGUGGUAACGAUUCUUGUAUGUGUAUUUUAAUUCUAAAGUUAGUUCUAUCAACUUGAAAUUGGAUUAUACAGGGAUUAUCGGAAAUUCACAGUAAAAUCUCUACUAAUUAUACAAAUGAUCCAUUUAUGCCAAGCCUUAAAUCCUUCAAAUCUUCUUUAUGUACUCUGAAGAAGGAGAAGAACUUAAUUGGUUUUCAGUUUUCAAACUUGAUAUCAAUAUCGAAAGAGCUAACUUACGAUUGGUGAAUCAAUGCAAGAUCUCGGCUCAGUCAGAAAAUUCCAUGAUGCAUUUUAUAUUUUUUUAAAGACAUAGUUAGUUGUGAUUGUACAUUUGUGUUGCGGAGAGCCUUUUGGUCGAC